AUGGCGCCGGAUGAACCGACUGUUGAAGAUUUUGUGCGAGAACUAAGGAAAGCGGCUGAAACAGGGAUUGAUGAUAAUGUGAAGAAUUUGCUGCAUAAAAUAAAAACAAAAUAUAAGGAUAAACACGGUAAAAGCAGCGCAACCCGACAUCAAAGUGUCGAAUUCAAGGAUAAAUCUGAGUUUUUUUCCAAUAUUCACUAUGAAUGUGUAAAAGAUGCACUGGAAAUCUUCAAACAUGAUGAAUUAGUAGCAGAACCGGGAACUAAAUUCCAAUAUACAACCCAUGGAUUUACUUUACUCAGUGCAGCAUUAGAGAAAGCAGCUAAUAAAAGCUAUACAGAACAAAUAACAAAUUUAUUUCGGGAAUUAGGAAUGAAUCACUCAUACCUCGACUUCAAUUUUCCCCUCAUCACUAAUCGAGCCAGAUAUUACUAUCGCGAUCCGGAUCAUAAAUUAAAGAAUGUUCCAGAAGUAGACAAUUCAAAUAAAUGGGCUGGUGGUGGACUGUUAUCCACUGUGACUGAUUUGCUUAUUUUUGCUAAUGCAAUGCUUUAUAGUUAUCAUGCAGCGCAACAGUCAUCAAUCAAAAAUAAUGGAAUGGAACCUUUGCUCGACGCCGAAACCAUGAAAACAUUUUGGAAAGGUGAAAUUUCGGAUCAUCGAGGGAAUAUGUACGCUCUUGGUUGGUACAAAAUCGAUGGAGAGGAUCAAAAAUAUGGAGGCCUAAGUGAUACUUGGUCACGAAAAGGAGUUUUUUUGCAUACUGGUGCUGCUGUGGGUGCGUCAUCUGUUCUCCUUAUCAAACCAGACCAUAAUUUUACCAGCACUGAUGGAACUUGCGUUGCUAUUCUUACAAACUUACAUGAAUGUGGCGAACUUACGCAGUUAGCUGUGGAAGUUGUUGAAAUUUUCGGUUCUGCUACUUUCACCGAGACUUUAUAG